AUGGUCAGCCUCACUACACCCAUAACAACCAAAGACAAUGUACUGAUCCCGCUGUCUCCGAUGGAUGCUGUCAUGAACACCUAUCGUGUCGUCCUUCUCUACAUUUAUCCUCCACCUUCGCCCGAUGCUGUUGCUUUCGACCUCGACAAGUUGCACCGUUCGUUCAUCACCCUGAUCGAUGAAGACUACCCUGUUUUAGUCGGAGAACUCAACGUCGAUGGGGAGAUUGUAAGCGUCAAGCAAACUCCAUUGGCGAGACAACAGGGUGGAAAUGGGAUUCGAUUCGAAACGAACCCGACGAGUCCACAGACUACGGAAGACGCGAUCGCUUCACUAUCAUGGGAGUUCUUGCCAAAACCUCGAGCUCAAGGAGAGAUUAUCGCCGUCAAAGGAUCCAUUCUAGCCGACGGAGGAAUGGCAAUCGGAGUUGAUUGUAGUCAUGUUCUAUUCGACGGGGAAGCCAUGCUGACUUUCAUGAGAGUGUGGGGUCAGCAUUACAGUGGAUUGCCUAAGGAAGAUCGACUGGUCAUCAAUCACGACAGAUACCUGCUCUCUGGAACAGGAGAAGCUCAUCGAUUUCCUCAUCCCGAGUUUCAAGUUGCUCCAGCUGAACCUCUCGUUCGAAGGAAAGAUGGAUCUCUAGCCCCAAAGACUGUGACAACACCACCAAAAACGGAUCAGCAUGUGUUCCACUUAACCACUUCGAGUAUGGCAAAGCUCAAGAAGCUAGCUGAGCAUGCACCAGAAACUGAGAAGAGUCGACAAUCGCGACGUAAACGAGAGAGGAUCCUGGCUAAGCUCCUGUCGAUCUUCAGGUCAAAAGGCAAGAAAGUUGCUCAAGCUCAAGCGGCACCAAGGCCUUCGUACGUCAGCACGCUCGACACUAUCACCGCGUUGUUCACUAUCCUCAUCUCUCAAGCUCGUGGCCAUGGAAAACCUGUACGAGUGUCAACUGCAGUGAACGGGCGGAACCGACUGAAGCCCCCGCUACCUGCCAAUUAUUCGGGGAAUGCGGUAUUCCACGCGAUAUCAACGUACUCGAGCGGAGAGCUUCAGGGCGAAAGCAAUGUGGUAUCAGCUUCGACACUGUCUCACGUCGCCCGUGGUGUCCGAUCUUCCAUUAUGGAACGAGAUAAUGCGUUCAUGCGCGAUGCCAUAGCGUUCAUUUCCAACCAGAAAGACCCGGCUGCUAUCAACGACAACGUCAAUUUCUUCUUCGGUCCUGACAUAGCGUUCACAUGCUGGGCGAAAAUGGGGCUGUACGAUGCUGAGUUUGACGGAGUCAAACCUUGGUAUGCCAAGAUUCCUCGUGUUCAAUGCAUGGACGGGUUUGUGCUGAUCACGGAAGCUCUCAAAGGAGGAGACGGACUCGAUGUCCUCGUUUGCUUGGAAUCAACAACGAUGGUAAAACUGAAGGAACUGUACGCUAACAUCGACUACCUCCAAGACUAG